AUGGCUGUUGCAGCAGUUCUUAUUUGCACUCUCUCAUUCUAGGUGACUGCAGUCGAUCCAGUUGAAAUAAAAUCAAGGAUCAAUUUUAAUAAUUUCACUGAUUAAUUCUCUGCUGAAUGGUAUGCUUAUGACAAGUAAGAUGGAAGUGGAGCGAAAUUGAGAGUUACGUUGAGAAUUAAAAAUUUAAGUACCAAAGAUUGGAUUAUUGGCAACAAUGAUGGCGUAUGGCUUGGAAUUGGAUUAGGUAAUACAGUUAUGAGAGGAACAGAUGUUGUAAUGUGCACUUAUAGAUUCAGUGGCUACGCUGUAUCUGACAUUUUUGCCUGCACAGACAGAUAUGCUUCUGCUUGGAAUGAACCAGUAAUUGAUGGAACAUAGAAUGUAGAUGACAUAAGUAGCUAAAGAUUAUUCAAUGAAGUAAUGAAAUUAGGAGAAUUAGCAGCCAUCUUUGAUAGAAGUCUUACCACUACUGAUACUGAGGCAGACUUCAAAUUUUCAGCUGGUUCGUCAAUUGAUGCUGUUUGGGCAUGGGGAUUUAUUACAAGCGGAAAUGUUCAAUAUCAUGGCAAUUAGGCUACUAAUCGUGACUCCUUUAACAUGAGAAUUUCAAGUAUGAGAUCUAGCGCAAAGCAACUAAUUGGGAAUUUAUAUGCAAUAAUUGGAGCAAGUCUUCUUUUGAUAUCAGCAACUUUUAUUUGA